AUUACCCCUCAUUCUGCUCAAUGAGGAAUUCAAGGGAUACUCGUCAUGAUUUAAUUAUCCGUAGAAGACGUUAUAUCAACUACCAAUCGUCAUUCUAACUUAAUUUUGGAAUUAAUCAACCUUGGAGAAACUGGAAAGAAUAUAGUGUGAGCCAGAUUAACUGAAUCAUCAAAACAAGCAAUAAUUUCUUCAACGAAACAACAGAUUUGUAGCUGCGACGAACAAGCGAACGCUCGUCCGGUCGCGGUCUAUGACGUUUUCGGAGCUGGUUUCGAGGUUUGUUUGAAACUCAUCCACUCAAGUUGGAUCUCAAAUUGAUAUCAUGAAUACAUAACCAUGUAAUACUUUAUUAAGGAAUAAAUAAAAUAGUCGGGACAGAUUGAUGGUUUUCGCGAAAACGAUGCCUGUGAAGGGGCACUCGUACGCCCAGUCGAAAUCAGCUCCAGUCAAGUCGCAUGAAGCCGUCAACGAUAUUUACCGUACCGCGGCGGCGGGCGGACACUUCCCCGGAGUUCUGGCGGUGAAAGAGGAUGGCGUACUCCAUACCAAGCCCCUGCCGCUGAAGUCGCAUCAAGGUCUACAAAUUCUUGCACGAUCAGGCAGCCAUUAUAACUGCGCCUCACCGGCGAGGGAAGAUGUUUUUCAUGAUAAUUAUGCCCGAAGAACAAAACAGCUGAAUGAACAAGGUUAUAAUUCUGUAAAUCAUAAACCUUAUCAGGUUUUAGGAGGACCAGUUGUUCUGGAUGAAAAACAGCUAAUUCUCUCGGCGCUAGGUCAACUCAAACAGAAUAACUCAUCUGCAUCCAAGUCAAAGGGUGUGUCCAGUGAGAAGGAGGAUGACCAGAGCAAAGAUGGUCAAGGUGGAGAUGGGGCGGAGGAGAACCCUGCUGCGGUCAAGCCGUAUAAGUUUGUGGUCAGGAGGAACAACAACAGCCAUAAGUCUCUUCAUAAGGAGGUGUCUACUGGCAGAGUGAUGGUAAAAUGUGCUAAACUGGGUCAUGGGGUCUUCACAAUGAUCAGAGAGCAAGAGGAAUUAAGGGUGAAUGCAGAACACAAUGAGAGAAGGAGAAAAGAAGAACAAAGGAAGACAGAAUGGCAACCAGCUGUUGUCGUGGUCUCAGAUGGAGAGGAGACAGAUGAAGAGCUGGAGAAAGAAGAAAGUCUUAGUGUUUAUAUGGCUCAGGGGGCAGAGAGCAGAAAAGAGGUGUCUUUUGCAUUCGAUGCAGCAAGUACUACAGUCCCUGACAACCUGACAACAGAGCAGGGUGAUGCAACUCGUCUUUCCACUGCUGCCAUGACGACCACUGCCAUGGCAACGACACCAUCCAAGUCCAUCCUGAGCGGGGCAUCGUCACCCACCAAGAGGAGGCGGAACAAGCGACUGGUGGAGCCGGCACGCCCUUACACUCCCUGCCAUACCAACAUCAAUAUUGAUCCGGAAGGAGAUGAAACGGACAAGAAAGCCAUAUUUCGUCAGAUGUGUGCAGUGAAUUGGAUCUUGGAGGCCAUGAUGAUAGAGCCCCCUGCCGCCAUGGAAGCCAUCAGUAAAUGCUGGAAGAUCAAAUACAGGGAUAUGGAGAACAGAUCAUUUUGUAAGACCACCAUUCAGAGGCUGAGGAAAGAUAAGGCAUUGGACACGAGAUGGAAUGCGUUCAUAUCAGCUGAGGGUGCGGGUCAUCUGGCUGGCUUGCCUAGUGUAUUCCAGAAAUCUCGCUCUCCUGCAAGGGGUCUGCUUUCCACUCAAAACUCAGGAUUUACGAGAACGCUGCGUCGUCUGUCGGCAAACAGCACCGUCAACCGAGCGGCGUCGGCGAUGGGUCACAGUUCAGUUGACCAAAGUCCUUUGUCACCUAAGGCCGAGGAUUCCGCCAGUUCGUUCUUAGAGGCUGCUGAUAAAUUGGCUGAUAUUCAAGACAGUGUUUCAAUACAGGGCAAACAUGAGGACGGUAGAGGGGACACACCAGGGAAACUGCAAAGGUCUCCCUCUGUUUUGAGUGACAGAACAGCAACUCCCUCAUCAAAGAGAAGUGGAUCAAUUGUGAAUAAACUAUCUAAACAUGACUUAGAGGAGAAGGACAAGCAAGAGAGACCAAGGGAGAGACAGGUUAGCACAUGGGUGGCCACAACCAACAGAAAACUCCAUAGAUCACAAAGGUAAGGGAACAGUUUUAAUGAACAUUCC